AUGUGCAAGUUCGGCAUCCAUUGUGCGCGCGCCGACUGCCUCUACUCGCAUCCAGAAGGGCGAGUAGCCGUCGGCUUGGAGCCGAAAGUGUGCUUCUUCUGUGGGCAGGAUGGCCACAUCGCCACCGAGUGUCCGAGGAAUCCGGAAAGCCUCACCUACGACCGGCAGGCUGCCAUGCGUGGCCUGGCGUUGCAGAACGGGCAGAUCAAAGCCAUCACGGCGGGACGCUUGUUCUGA